CAAAUGCACGCAUCGCAAAACAAGCGUCUUGUUUGUCAGGAAGAAGGCUUUCAGAGAAUAGAAGGAGCUAAUAUGUAGGUAAAGGGGUUAUAAUAGAAAACGGUGGUGGAAGAAGAUGAUUGAAAUCAGCCAACGAGUGUUUGCUGUGAUGGUACAUUUUAUUAUGCUGUCCCUGGCUCAUCACCAGAACAGCCUCCACAGGUCAGUGAAGGAGCCACAGCCUGGGGGUCAUGCACUGCCUGGACUCUGCAGCUAUGGUCAGACCACUUCCUGUUGUUUGGGAUGGAGGGGCGUUAAUGGAAUGUGUCAGCCGCUGUGCAAGAAGGCCUGUGUCAAUGGAAAAUGUGUGGGACCAGAUAAGUGUUUCUGCUCUACGGGGUAUAAAGGGCCUCAGUGUGAUCAAGAUGUGAAUGAGUGCGGUUUGCUGAGGAGGCCAUGUUCCCAGCGCUGCAUGAAUACAUACGGUAGCUAUCGCUGUUACUGUGAACCUGGUUACACACUCAGUGCAGACGGAUACACCUGCAUCAGAGAAGCCGCAUGUUUCUCCCUGCGCUGCCAGUUUGGUUGCCAGAUGGAGGGAGGGGGAGAGGUGCACUGUCUGUGUCCCCCCGGCCUCCACCUGGCUGCUGACAACAAGACCUGUGAAGAUGUAGAUGAGUGUCAGCGGGAUGCUGAUGUUUGUCCACCACGACGGAACUGCAGGAACACAUACGGCAGCUUCGUGUGUGUGUGCCGAGACGGCUUCGUGUUGGGGACACUGCAGGGUUCGGUGAAAUGUCGAGAUAAGGAUGAAUGUUUAACUGGGUCUCACCAGUGCAGCCGCCAUGCUCAGUGCGUCAACACAGAUGGUUCCUACACCUGUCAGUGUUUGGAGGACUACUUCGGAAACGGACGCACCUGCUGGCCCCGGAGAGCCCCACAGUCCAAGUCUGUCAUGUACUUCAACUACAAACUCUCCAAAAGGACCAAACCAGUGCAACCUUCAUCUUAGUGCUACUUCUCACAAGCCACAUGGUUCAAAUAUAAAGGGACUUACAACAUUCAUGGGUUAUUUAAGAGGCAUUCAAGUACAAAUAAAACCUUUUCGCUGCUCUCA